ACUCUCGUCUUUAAUCAGACAAUCAGAGCUCAAUGUUCAGACGCCGCACGAGUGUAUUGUGGCUCGCACUGGAGAAGCUGAGAAUUUGUCGCCUCUCCACUACGCAUCUGCGACGAAAGGUGUAUCCCUGCUAUUCUUUCGAGGCGCUCGGCGGGUUGAACAGAACUUCUUUUGAUUUGACGUUUAUCAAAACCGGAUGUGUAAUUGCACAUGAGCACGUUGCUCAUGGCGUUCCAUGCAGCACAUGUGCCGCUCAUGCGUGCAGAAACGGCGUACCGUUCUCUAUUAUUGGUAAUUUCGCUGUUCCAUUCCCAAGUGAAAUGAAAACCACGGAAUUUUGACCUGUAAUGCACAGGCUGGUACGACUGGCAGAUGCUGUGUCCCUUUGCUGCAAAGAGUACGAGCGAACCUACAUAAGAGCUUACAUACCUGAUCAUGCCCCAAAAUCCGACUCAGCGCGCGCUACAGCUUGGAGUUUGUUUUCAUUCAAGGAUAACUUUUACGUUUGAGUGUCUGAAUGUAGGUCCAAAAGUAUGUGGCUGCCUGUGCAUGAU